AUGGCAUACACGGAUGAUGCCGUCAAGGCAAAGCUCUCUGCUCUCAAUGAGACUCAAGAGAGCAUUGUCACUGUUGCCCAGUGGGUCAUGUUUCAUAGGCGACACGCCGACAAGACUGCGCAAAUUUGGUUACAGAAGAUCCGCGACUCUCAGCCUCUCAAGCGCCUGAACUUGGUUUACCUGGCCAAUGAGGUCUCCCAGCAAUCCAAGGCACGGAAUCGAGAAGAAUUCCUCACAGCCUUUGCGCCAAUCGUCGCGGAGGCCACAGCAACGGCUUACAAAGGUUCAUCAAAUGAUAUUCAGAUCAAGCUGCGCCGUGUGGUGGAGGUGUGGAGAUCACGAAAUGUUUUCGCAGCCCCCAUUCUAGAUGCGGUGGAAGCCCGUCUCAGUGAAAUCGACAAGACCCGUUCGACCACCAAGAAACAGCCUCUUGGUGGCUCGCUCUUCAACAAGGAGCCCUCUUCUGGAUCUGCGCCGUCCGAAAUCCAACCAUUGGUUCCACUGCAAGUUGCCCUUAACAAAGCUGCCUUCACCUCGACCAGUACUGCCGCCAAUGCCGAGUCCGAGUACAAUAAGAUGCAUGAUACUAGGGAGCCACAGCCUACUCCUCCGGUGCAUGCUGCGCGUCUCAGCCAACUCCUCAAAUCCCUCGCUAACGCCGAGAGCUCUGUUUCGGAGGUCAUCAAGUCCCGUCACGCGCUCAUUGACGGACUUGAGAAACUGCUCGCAACCAAUCGAUCCGAGCUUGCGAAAGAGGAGACCUUGGUGGCGCAGAUUUCAGAGAGGAAGGCUCAGACUGAUUCGAAGAAGCGUGAAGUUGAGGACGCCAUAAUGCAAAACAUGUCUGAUGAAACUUCGGGGCCCCAUUACUUUGGUGAAGGAGAGGUGCCCCGGCCCGAGGCCGAGGCUCUGACCCCUCCCUCUGUCGAAGCUUUAACUCCCGUUGGAUCACCUAAGCCUGAACAACAGCAGACUAGCAGUGGGCCUUUCACCGAAGAAGCAGACAUGACGCCCCUCGAUGGAUUAGUUAUUCCUGACCUGGGACCAGACAGUGGACUUCCACUAGAUUCGGCUGAACUCUCUCCGGUGGGUAAUGAUUUUGACCUCAGCACAAAUGGCGCUGGGAUCAAACGACGCAAGGUGACACACGGAGAGGAUGACUACAGCCAGUUUGCAACUGGAGACUUGGAUGAUGAUGUUGCUGCUCUGAUUGCGCAGCAAGGCAAGUAA